UUUCAAGGCGAAGAAGAGAGAGAGAGAGAUGGUGGAUGAUUUCAUGGUCUGUGUUGAUAGGGUCAUAGCUUCUGCUUGCUUUGAAUCGGUCAAUGGUGGGUCUGAUAGAGCAAGGGGAGGUGAAGGAGUGGAUACUUUUUAUGUAAAUAAUGGAGUUUCUGUAAAUAAUUACAGUGGGGAAGGGGGUUCUAAGAAAGAAGAGAUGAUUGAGUGUAGGAUUUGUCAGGAGGAAGACGAAGAGCAUGAGAUGGAAGCCCCAUGUGGUUGUAAUGGCACUCUUAAGUUUGCUCAUAGGAAGUGCAUUCAGAGAUGGUGCAACAAGAAAGGUGAUAUUACCUGUGAAAUAUGCAAUCAGGUCUUUGCGCCUAGUUACACUCUUCCCCCAGCCAGAACAAAUCCUGAUGGUAUGGCGAUUGAUAUCAGACAAGCAUGGGGACCGCAGAUUGAUCUCCAUCAUCCUCAAUUUUUUGCUCUAGCUGCUGCGGAGCAUCAGUUACUGUGGUCACGAAAUGAGGAAUAUGCAGUUGCAAAUGCUGGUGGGGUUGCCUGUUUCCGCUCAGUUGCUAUCAUUUUAAUGCUAGUAUUGCUCCUUCGUCAUGCUCUGAUGAUUGCAAGGGACGCCGGGUUGGUGCAGGAAUCAUUGACCUUCAUUAAUGUUUCCCUUCUUCAGGUAGCUGGCUUUCUUUUGCCAUGCUAUGUAAUGGUCCGCUCAUGCUACAUUAUACAGAGCAGGAGGAGGAGACAGGUUUAAAAGGCCUUGUUGCUGAAUCAGACACCGUAGAUACUUCUACAAUGGUAGUGAGCCUUUUUUUCUUUUCUUUUCUUUCCAGUUCUUAGCAAGCAAGCUGGUUUUGUAUAUUGCUUUUUCUGAAGUUUGUAAAAUGG